AUGCAAUACAGAAAGACCAUCGUCGCAGCCGCUCUUGCCGGUUCCGCCUCUGCUGCCGUCACCGCUUCCGAGCCAUGGACUACUUUGACACCUUCUGCCACAUACAGCGCCGGUAUCACCUCCUACAGCGAUACUUUCGGUAUCGCUGUGAUCCCAGUCACCACUUCUGUGUCUACCGUUUCUGCUAGCACUGCUACCUCCAGCACCAAGGCCAAGCGUGACGCUGUCUCUCAAAUCGGUGACGGUCAAAUCCAAGCUACCACCAAGACCACCGCUGCUGCUGUUUCUCAAAUCGGUGACGGUCAAAUCCAAGCUACCACAGAGACCACUUCCGCUAAGUCUACUGCCGCUGCUGUUUCUCAAAUCGGUGACGGUCAAAUUCAAGCUACCACAGAGACUACUUCCGCUAAGUCUACUGCCGCUGCUGUUUCUCAAAUCGGUGACGGUCAAAUCCAAGCCACCACUACUACUCUAAAACCAUCCUCCGCUGCUGCCGUCUCUCAAAUCGGUGACGGUCAAAUCCAGGCUACUUCUUCCACAAAGACCACUAAAGGUGCUUCCCAAAUUUCUGACGGUCAAGUCCAAGCCUCCACCGCUUCCUCCUCGAGCCCAUCGGCUACUUCUGACUCCUACGUUAAAGCUGAAUCCUGCAAGACCAACGGUACCCUAGAAAUGACCUUGAACGGCGGUAUCUUGAAGGACGGUAAGGGCAGAAUCGGCUCCAUUGUUGCCAACAGACAAUUCCAAUUCGAUGGUCCUCCACCACAGGCUGGUGCUAUCUACGCUGCCGGCUGGGCCAUCACCCCAGAUGGAAACUUGGCUAUCGGUGACAACGAUGUCUUCUACCAAUGUCUAUCGGGCUCCUUCUACAACUUGUACGACGAGUCCAUCGGCGGCCAAUGUUCUCCAGUCCACUUGGAGGUCAUUGACUUGGUCGACUGUUAA